AUGUCGCGACAGGACUCGACCUUGGCGGACAACCGUUCGAAGAUGAAGGAGUUUAUCGCUUCCAUUUCGACCAUUCGUGGAGACCUCUCCAACAUAACGGCCCCACCGUUUGUUCUGGACACCAAGUCGGCUGUUGAAUUACCUGCAUUUUGGGCUGAAAGACCGUCCGUCUUCGUCGCGCCAGCCUCGGCCGAGGACCCUGCAAAGCGGGCACUGCUGGUAUUGAAGUGGUUUCUUUCUAGCCUCAGAAACCAGCAGUACGUGGGCAGAUCCGAGGCCGAAGGUAUCAAGAAACCGAUCAACGCUUUCCUCGGAGAGCUCUUCUUGGCAAGCUGGGAGGACGAUGCAGGGCUGACCAGGCUGGUCAGCGAGCAAGUCAGCCAUCAUCCUCCCGUCACUGCAUGCCGUGUCUGGAAUGAGGAGCAUGGUGUCGCGGCAGAAGGAUAUACCCGGCAAGAGAUCACAUUCAGCGGCAGCAUCAACAUACAACAAAUCGGGCAUGCCACGCUCCAUCUGGCCCAGCAAGACGAAACGUACCUCAUCCCACUGCCCAACAUCAAGAUCAAAGGCGUCCUGACAGGAUCUCCGUACCCUGAGCUGCAGGGUACGCACUACAUACCCAGUACGAAUGGCUACACCUCAGUGAUCGACUUCAGCGGCAAGGGCCUGUUCUCCAGCUCAGACAAGAAACACAGCUUCCAAGCCAAAGUGUAUCGGCAUGGCGAGGAGGACCACCCCUUAUACACAGUCUCAGGCCAUUGGGACGGCCAAUUCAAGAUCCACGACUGCAAAAACGGCGUCGACUUGGAGACGUUCAACGUCGUGGCCGCGAAAACCACACCACCCAAGACCGAACCCCUUGCUGCACAGGAUCCAUGGGAGUCCCGUCGCGCGUGGCAAGGCGUCCGGGAAGCCCUCGAGCGCGGCGAUAUGCAGGGUGCCGCGGACGCGAAAGCCAAGAUCGAGGACGGGCAGCGUGAAAUGCGAAAGACUGAUGCCGAUGGUACAGAAUGGAAGCAGCUGUUCUACGAGAGUGAAUCCAAACCCGAUGACGUUGCAGCAAUGCUGGCGACGAAAGUUGGAGUUUCCUUUGACCCUGAAGGUACCCUUGGGGCCUGGAGGUUCCGCCACAGAGAGUGGGAGCAAGGUCUGUUCAAGAAACCUUAUCAUGGAGAUCUCUUGCCGGACAAUUCGCGUGUCGACAACGGAGCGGAUCGAGAUGCGAUAGUCAACGGCACCGCAAGGAACGGAGUGGCUCGAGACCCGAGGGCCAACGACGUGACUCCUGUGGUGUCCAGGGGCGCAGCCCAAAGCCAAGAGCAGCGUCAGGCCUAG